GGAUGAUGCGUUGAUGUUCCUCCCGCAGCAUACAAGGAGAAGAUGAAGGAACUCUCAGUCCUCUCGCUCAUCUGCUCCUGCUUUUACCCGGAAGUACGCAACACCGUCCUGAAUGAGUUGGAAGCAGACAUUGAGGUGAAGCCGAUAAACAAGCGAGCCUCCGGCCAGGCGUUUGAGGUAAUUCUCAAGCCCCUGUCUCCAGUAUCAGAUGUAGUCCACAACCUGGCAUCCCCCCCAAAGAGGGACAUCUCCUUGGACGACAUUGAGAAGAAACUGGAGGCAGCCGAAGAGCGGAGAAAGUACCAAGAAAUACAGGUGCUGAGGGCUUUGGCCGAAAAGAGAGAGCACGAGAGGGAUGUGCUGUUCAAGGCCUUGGAGGAGAACAAUAACUUCAGCAAGAUGGCCGAGGAGAAGCUCCAAAUGAAGAUGGAACAGAUCAAGGAAAACCGCGACGCCCAUCUGGCAGCCAUGCUGGAGCGUCUACAGGAGAAGGAGAGACACGCAGCGUUGGUGCGCAGAAACAAAGAGAUGAGGGAAGUGAUGACAGCGUGAACGCCGCGCAAAAGUCUCAACUUCCAUCUUUCUUCAUUCUAUCCAUCCAUCCAUCCAUCCAUCCAUCCAUCCAUCCAUCCAUCCAUCCAUUCCCCCCCUUCCUCAACCUGCUCCGACCCUCUCCCAAACAGACAUGCAAACCUGGAGCGCCCAACAGGUGGAGGACCUCACC